AUGCCAAAUACUAAAUCAAAGCUUUCAUUAGCUAUACAACAAGAACAGGCAGAUAAUUUAGAAUCAUCACAACAACAACAACAACAACAACAAUUACAACAAUUACAACAACGGCAGCAGCAGUCACAAUUUCUACAACAACAAGAUAAUAAUAAUAGUCAUCCUCAUCAGCAUCAUCAUCACCAUCAUCACCACCAACACCAUAAUCAGCAACAACAUCGUAAUAGUUUACCAAUAAAUGAACAACCAAAACAAAAACAUCAUUUUAGAUCAAAAAGUGGUGGAUUAUUUAAACCUAAUGGUUUUACAAAUAAUUAUAACAACCAUAAUAAUAGUUCAAAUAAUAUAGAUAUUAUAAAAAAAUCAAAUAAUAUUGAACCAUUUCCUGAAUCACAACAAAAUGGUUAUAAUUUUAAACCAAUUCCACUGCCAUCAUUAUUACCAAAUUUAAUUCAACAUAGUUCACCUUAUGUUUCAACAACUCCAUCAUCUGCAAAACAUUUUAAACCUGAAUUAUCACCAUUAAAAACUACAUUUGAUGAAGAAAAACGGCAUAGUUUUAUAGAAUCAGGAGAUGAACGUGGGAAAUCAGAAGAUGAAUAUGAAUUAGAAGUUAAAUCAUCAAAGAGUAGUCAUUAUCAUUUACAUCAUCAUUAUCAUAUAGAAGAAGAUAAAAAACGAAGAAAAAAAGAAAAAGAAAAAGAAUCUGAGGGAUUAGAUGAAGAUAAUCCAAUAGAAAUACUAGAUGCAAAAGAUGAAGAAGAAGAAGGAGACGACGAAGACGAAGAAGAUGAAGACGAAGACGCACCAGUAAACCCCGCGGAUGAAGAAGAUUUAAAAGAUUACGUACCUGGUGGUUAUCAUCCUUGUUAUAUAGGAGAAGAAUAUAAAAAUGGGAAAUAUGUUUUAGUUAGAAAAUUAGGUUGGGGUCAUUUUUCAACUGUAUGGUUAGCAAGAGAUAAUGAUAAACAAAGUCAUGUUGCUAUAAAAGUUGUGAGAUCAGCAAAACACUAUACAGAAACUGCAAUUGAUGAGAUUAAAUUAUUAGAUAAAGUUACAACAUCAGAUAUUCAUCAUCCAGGUCAUCAACAUGUUAUACAAUUAUUAGAUACUUUUACUCAUAAGGGACCGAAUGGAGUUCAUGUGGUUAUGGUAUUUGAAGUUUUAGGGGAAAACCUUUUAGGUUUAAUACGUAGGUAUAAACAUAGAGGUAUACCCAUUGUAUUUGUUAAACAAAUUGCAAAACAAUUAUUAUCAGCAUUAGAUUUUUUACAUAGAAAAUGUGGAGUUAUACAUACGGACUUAAAACCUGAAAAUAUAUUAAUUGAAAUUGGAGAUGUUGAACAAAUUGUUAAAAUGGUUGAACAAGAAAAUGUUCAAAAAAAAUUACAAAAAAAAUUACUGAAAUCAUCAAAGGGAUCUACACCAAGUACUUCUUACAGCAAUGUUAAAGAUUCAGCCAGUACCAACGGAGGAAACUCGUCAACUUCAAUAGCAUCACCAUCAUUAGGUAGAUCAGGUAGAAGAUCAAGAAGACAAACUUUAAUUACUGGAUCACAACCAUUACCAUCACCACUUCGAACUUUUAAUAAAUCAUUUACUAGCAUAUAUGGAUUUUCUACCACGACCGCAAAUACACCAGUUAAAAGUAUGUCCAUCACAAAAGACAACAAUCAAGGUUUAGAAACAACAACAGAACAUCAUGAUGAAGAUAACAUAGACGAGACAACACUAAACAAUUCAUUAUCAUCAAUGUCAAUUUCAAAUUCAAAUAGUUACCAAGCUGUUAAUGUUGAUCCAAUGCAAAUUCCAAAUGAUUCAAAUUAUAGAUUAGAUGAAUCAUCAACAAAAUUAAAUGAUAUUAUAAAUGAAGAUGAAUUAAUUUCAGUUAAAAUUGCAGAUUUAGGUAAUGCAUGUUGGACAAAUCAUCAUUUUACAGAUGAGAUUCAAACUCGUCAAUAUAGAGCUCCAGAAAUCUUGUUGGGUUAUCAUUGGGGUUGUGCAAGUGAUUUAUGGUCAUUUGCUUCUUUGAUAUUUGAAUUAUUAACUGGUGAUUAUUUAUUUGAUCCAAGAGAUGGUAAGACUUAUUCUAAAGAUGAUGAUCAUAUCGCACAAAUUAUUGAACUAUUAGGUGAUUUUCCAAGAAUGAUGUUGAAGGAAUCUUACUACUCUAGAGAUUUUUUCAACUCAAGAUAUGAUAUGAGAAGAAUUUCGAAAUUAAAACCAUGGAGUUUAAAAGAAGUGCUAAUUGAAAAAUAUAAAUUUUCAAUAAGUGAUAGUAUUGAAAUUUCAGAAUUUUUAUCACCAAUGUUAAAUUUACAACCAGAAGAAAGAGCUGACGCUGGUGGAAUGAUAAAUCAUCCAUGGUUAAGAGAUGCUUUAGGUUUAGAAAAUGUUGUAUUAGAAAGACCUGUUGGAGGUUCUGGUGAAGAUAUACCUGGUUGGUCAAAAGAAUUGACUUUAACGAAACUGACUAGAAAAAAUUCGUCAAUUAAUCUAAAUAAGCAAUACAAUUUUACUUAA